AUGGAUUAGAUUGAAUAUGUGAAUCUUGAAAAGAAAAAGCCUUAGGCUAAUCAAAAUAAUUAAAGGAGAAGAUAAAAUAUUAGACCAAAUAAAAAUGACAGAAAUAGAAGAAACCAAAGAGAUAAUCAACCAUUCAAAAAUUAAAGAAAGCAAUGGAGAAACAAGGAUUAAUAAAGAUAAAAUGUAGACUUUUCAAUGUUAUAACUAAGCGUCCGUUUUAAUCUGAAAACAGGAUAGUGGCUACUGGUAAAAGAAGAAGGCAAUUGCAAACAAGAAAAUUUAAUCAAAGAUCUAAAGAUCCUAGAAAUAUUCAACCUAAUGUCAUUAUAAAAGGAUUGGAUCCAAAAAUGACAGAAGCUGGUUUAUAAGUAUCCAAAUCAAUAAUCUCUCUUAGGAAGCUUGCAAAGAUUUUGGACCUAUGAAUAUGUGCAAAUUGGAUAGAGAUAACUUUGGACAAGUGAAGGUAAUUUGAAUUAUUAACUUUUGAACAGCCAGAAGGAAUUGGCUUAAUUAGGUUUACUAGAGUAGAAGAUGCUAAGGCAUGUGUCGAAAAGCUUGAUGGUGUUACUGUGUAAAUCAUUGGGGAAAACAAUAAUGUAAAUCAUUGAAAUAAAUCUAUAGGAAAAAGUAAUAUCUGCUACAUUCGUUGGUGAUUCAGAAUAAACUGAAAAUAAUAGAAAUAGAGGUGUAUUGAACAUUAUGAAGAAAUCAAUAAAAAAAAGGUAUUGAUUCAAUAAAAUUAAAUUAGAAACUGGAGAAGAUGAAUUUGAAUAAACACAAAUAUGUUAUUUUAAACAAUUCAAAAAUCAAUCAUUUAGAUUUAUUAAAAAUAACUCAUAACAUUUUGAUAAUAGUUUAUGGGUAAAUCCUGAAA